AUGUCGUUUAUUGGAAGUACCGAACCUCCUAAUCAAUUAGAUAAAGAAAUCUCUGUGGUUGACUUGGUCGCAUCCCAUGACUGGUCCUCUACUCCAUUGGGUCCUAUGGAAACAUGGGAUUCUACUCUCAAAUCCACUGUGAAUUUAUGUCUACACUCAGUUUUUCCGAUAGCGAUAUACUAUGGUCCCGAGUUCGUCUCUAUAUAUAACCAAAGUAACGUCAUUAUCAAGUUGACUCAUCUUGUUAAAUUUUCCGAGUUAAUUAAUUUCAUAAUUUCGUUCUUAAAUAUUCCCAUUCCAUAUAGUGUGGAGACCGAUAUUAAAAAUGAAACAUCCUCAAGGUUGGUCCUUGCAUUGGGUAAGCCAUUCAAAGAAGUGUGGCCAGAAACCCAUCAUACAACCGAACCGAUAUUUAAUGAAGUAAUGGCUACACGCAAAGGGAGAUUUGAAAAUGAUAUGCUUUUUGUAACUGAUAGAGAUGGUUACGUUGAAGAGACAUAUGCUUCAUUCACAUUAAGUCCAAUCUUUAAAGAAGAUGGAUCAAUGGGUGGUAUAUUAAACGCAAGUCAAGAGACUACACAGAGAGUCUUGGCAAAUAGGCGACUCAAAGCUCUGACGGAGUUAGGCAAUAAGACUCCAGGAGCGAAAUCAGUUAAGGAUGCAUGUCAUUUAAUAACACAAACAAUACGCAACAAUAAUGCCGAUAUGCCUUAUGCCUUAAUUUAUCUUAUAGAAAAUCAUUCCGCAACUUCAAACACACCCUCAACUGAUACUCCGAAAGCCCAUUUAGUUGCCACAACAUUCGACGAAGGUUUAGAUCUUCAAAAAGUUGAUGGAUUUGAUGAAAUAUGUGUUGCACAAGAUAAAUUAAGGCGUUUUUUACCGGACUUUUUGUUGGAUACUGAAGAAAUAGUUGACUUGGCAAAUGUUACUGAUGAGAUUGACGAAUUAAUAAAAAGUGAUGGCAAUAUAAUAAAGUCUACUGUUUAUAUUAAACCGGGCAAAUCAAAUGCUUUAUCGUCUGGUUUGGAUAAUGAUCCAAAGUUUUGUACGCUGUUCGAAACUGGAGAGAAAAUUAUCACUAGUCCAGAUUUCUCUUCAAGUUGGCCUUUACAAUAUGUUGCAAGAACAAAUUUACAUAUCACCGUGACAUUGAAAGAUUAUACGCAUGCUGUGUUGUUUCCGGUGAAAAAUACAACAGGUGAUUUGACUGCUAUCAUUAUUAUUGGAAUUAAUAAACAGAGAGCGCUUGAUAAAGAAUAUAUGGAAUUCUUGCACCUCGUAAUAGGUCAAGUAAGUGCAAGUCUUUCGCAUGGUAGAUUUAGAGAAGAGGAACGUAAACAAGCUGAGAUGCUUGCAAGUCUGAAUGAUCAAAAAAUCUUAUUCUUUCAAAACAUUUCUCACGAAUUACCACCGCUUACACUCAUGUUAUCUCCACUCGAAGAAGUGUUGGAAGAGUGCCCUCGUGAUGCACCCAUGUAUUCGCAUUUGUGUAUGAUACAACGAAAUACGAGACGUCUGCUCAGAUUAGUCAAUACGUUGUUACAGUUUUCACGUAUUGAAUCUGAUAAAAUAGAAGCAAACUAUCAUGAAGUUGAUAUUGGACAAUUAACAUCGGAAUUAGCGGCUAAUUUUGAAAGUAUGGCUAAAUUAUUUAAAUUGGAGUAUCGAGUGGAAAUACCCGAUAAUUUUGAUAGUAGGUUGGAAAAAAAAGUUUUUGUCGACUUGGAAAUGUAUGAAAAAAUAAUCUUCAAUUUAUGUUCGAAUGCUUUCAAACACACAUGGAAUGGUAGUAUCACUUUAAGAUUAGAUGCUGAUAGGAAGGACAAUAAAGAAGUUGUCGUACUGGAAGUUACUGAUACGGGGGUAGGAAUUUCUGAAGAAGAAAUUCCAAACCUAUUCCAAAGAUUUUAUCGAAUAAAAUCACGUCAAUCUCGUUGUCACGAAGGAACUGGUAUAGGAUUAGCAUUGGUAAAAGAACUUACUUCACUUCAUGGGGGCGACAUCUCGUGCACGUCGGUUUUAGAUCGAGGUACAACAUUCAAGAUAUGUCUUCCAACCGGACAUGAACAUUUGGAAUUGAUCUUGGAGAGUAAAGAAAAAUAUUUUCCUCAUACCAUUGAAGAUCCUAUCCCUUUGAUUAACUCGAAGCAUGUAGUGUUGUUGGUCGAUGAUAAUGCUGACAUGCGAAAUUAUCUUAUUGGAUUGUUGCAAAAAGAAUAUACGGUUUAUAGCGCAUUCGAUGGACGUGACGCUCUCAGAUUAUUAAAAAGAUUAAAGUGUCCACCUGACUUAAUUCUGAGUGGUAUGAUAUUUUUCAAUCAAUGUUUUUCGUGUUAA